CCCAGUUCACGGGUGAAGGAACCGGACAUUAUUCUCUUCGGCGCGAUGAAUUCGAUCGGCCGAGAGGGCGAAAGAUGCUUUCACGCGAGGUCAGACCAGUCUUUGUGAACCGGUGCCAGAGACGGGCAUGGACACUAAGACUCCACCGAUCCCGUUGAAGGUCCAGGAGAAGUCGAAACCGAAGCACCAGGAUAACGUGGCCGAUGUGUCCUUGCCCCCGCUGACACCGUACAGGAAUCAUCGUCAGAAGCAGAAAACUCCUGGUACUCAGUGGUCGCGUGAUAUACCCAGCGCUAUACGUUAUCAGGAUCAUCAAAGAAAAAGACCUUACAGAGUACUGCAAAUCGGCGCAACACCUUUGAUGCAUGCCUGCCAACAAGGCGACAGAGCAAGGGUUCUAAGACUGUUGAAAGAACAAGAAGACACGAUCGGAUACAGAGAUCGCACCUUAAGGAGCGCUUUGCAUUAUUGCAUGGAUGCUGGAACCGGAGGUGCCGUCGCCUCGGCGGCACCGGAACUGGUCAACGCACCGGAUGCUGAAGGACACACUCCUCUUCAUCUGGCAGUGAUCGCCGGCGACACGCAACUCGUGGCUGUUUUAUUAGCGAACGGUGCCGAUGUGAACGCCAAGGACUUGGAAGGACACAGUGUCCUUCAUUGGGCUACUGUAUGUGGAGAAACAGAAUGUGUUCGCCUGGUGUUAGCAGCAGGUGCUCGACCAUCAACACCUGAUCUUCGUGGUGGAUCUCCUCUUCAUUAUGCUGCUCAGUGCUGCGGUGCAGCCGCUACUGCCGAGCUUGCGGUACCCAAAAAAGUUGGUUUGCGAGUUUUACAAACACUCUUAGAAUUUGGAGCCGAUGUGAACGCGAAAGAUGAGGAUGGAAGACAGCCGAUUUUGUGGGCAGCGAGUGCUGGCAGCGUUGAGGCCGUCUUGGCUUUGGCUAGAGCAGGUGGUUCAGCUGCCGCAGGAGCUGCAGACAAAGAUGGCCUCACAGCUCUGCACUGUGCCGCGUCCAGAGGACACGCAAGAUGUGUUGAAGCUUUGAUAAACCUUUGCGGUGCUCAUCCAGAUCAUGUUGAUGAUAAUGGAUGCUCGGCUCUGCAUUAUGCUGCCACUCUCGGUCAUGCUGAUGCCACGGCUUUGAUUCUUAAAUUGGGAGCUGAUCCUAAUCGUCAGGAUCGGAAAGGAAGAACCCCAGCACUUUGCGCAGCAGCCAAAGGUCAACUAGAGACGCUAAAAAUUCUUGCGCAACAUGGCGGUUCCCUCUACGCAAGAACCGUUCGAGGAACAGGGGUAGCCCACGAAGCCGUGGCAUCCGGUAGAAUCGAGUUAAUAAAAUGGCUGGCGAAGAAACGUCCUAGCACUUUAGACGUCGCCACGCACGAUGGCAAAACACCGUUACACGUGGCGGCUCUUCAUGGACAUCUAGACGCGUGCAAAGUCCUUUUAGACAAUGGUGCAAGAAUUAAUGCCGUGCUUCGAACCAGCAAGGGAAACUUGAUGACUGCUUUGGACGCAGCGUUGUACAGAGGUCACAGGGACUGCGCAAAAUUAAUUCAAAUGCAUGGAGGUACCACGGCGCAGCAACUGAGGAUGCAGAAGACUGUGCCGAACAAAGUAUUCGCAGCGAAAUUGCGAAUGAGGCACAUGGACAGUAGCACCGAUACCGAGAGCAGUCCUCGUAGACGUAGUUACAGUCAUAAACUUCCGGAAUUGUACUACGAAGAACAAUGGAUAGAAAAGAGAACUCGACGGAGAGGAAAUUUGAGGAAAUUAGCGCGUCAAGAUAGUCGAAGUUUCAGCGAAGAAGAAGUUAGGUUGUCGAAAACGUCUUCGAAGAAGGAUCAUCAAAGAAGAGCACGCAGUGAAUCGGCACGAUACGAAGAGGGCCACAAGUUAAGAAGAAAAAGAAGUAAAAAACGGUCGACCAAAUCCAAACAUUCCAGCGAGUCGUCCAUAGAGUCAGACAGUUACGAAAACGCAGCAGACACUUCCAGGCAAAAAUACGAGUCGCGUGACAGUAAAUCGAACAAAAGCAAUGGUACCGAAGACAGGGAAGAAUCAAGAAGAGACGACGAAGAGGACGAGAGCGUGAGCGACGACAGCCUCGAAGUAGUGGUGGUAAGAAAAUCGUUGGAGAAAAAAUGUGAGAAAAUGGUGUCCGGAAGAAGAUCGAAAACACCACGAGAAAGUUCGAAGGAGACGAAGUUCACGAAAACUCGUCGCAGCACGAGAAGAAAGUCAAAGUCGAGCAGACCGAAAACGUCUGAGAACGGCGAGAGCACGACCGAUCGAAUGCAAUCCUUCGACAAGGAACAAGGGUCAAAGGAGUCCGAGUUCCAAGCGCAAGAAACGCCGAGGACCUCGAUGGAGGAGGACAAAGCGAACGGAGGUAAAAUAAUCGAAAAUCGGUAUCGCAGAGAUGUGACUGACAGCACCAGUCAGGAAACCGUCGAACGAGUUAUAGUGACCGCCAUGGUACACAAGGACCAAGGUCCAGACACACCUAAAUCUAUAAUAGAGACCUCGAAGGAGGUCACUUUUGAUGACAGGUUAAGAACGGAAACGAUAGAGAUUGAGCAAGUGGCCAAAGACGCAACUAGCGUGAACAAAAUGGACGACAUCGUUGAGCAAAGCGACGAGUCGCGUAGUAAUCUGGUAACGAAGGCUGCUAGUUUGAGGAAGGACGUAGAAGAAAUGAGGCAGCAGGCUAUAUUAGAGAAGACGCAAAGGGAGGAAGACGUAAAAAGGGAGGAAAAAGAGAAGAAGGUGAUGGAGAGUCGAGAUGAUCAAAAGGAUGGACAAGUGAGUGAAGAUGUGGAGAAAGAUGUAAAGGUAGAUCAGGAUGAGAAAGGUGAAGUGUCCUCGAAGGAAGAGAAAGAGGCGCAACAGGAUAAGGGAGAAAAAGGCAGGUUAGACGCACACAAGCCAACCGAAUCAGAAAGUGCCUCGGAUUCUCAGCAACAACCGAGUCAACAAGAAGACUCAGCCUCGAAGUCCAUAAAACCUGACGAGAAUCUCGACCAAGAUACUCACAGCGAGAAAACUGACAUGUCCGAACACACGUUGAAAAAAGACCACGACGAUUCUGAAGAAACAAGAAAAUCAAGCCAGAAAGACUCCCAAAGCGAAGCUACCACACCGAGAACAGCUGUCGAAGACGUUCCACCGUCAGAAGACGAAGACAAGAAAUCCACGUCAGAGGACGCCAAAAGUAAACCAAAACUCAAAUCCGAAACUGAUAAAAGAAGAGCAUCCACCGACGAAUCUAAAUCCAAAUCUUCAUCCUCGAAAUCCGAUGAGAGUCCCAAAAAGAGUGGCAGCAGUCGAAAGAGAAGAGAAGCCGGUAAAAGACGAGAAUCUAUCUCGAAGAAGGUCUCCGUGAAAAUUUCAGAGAAGACAAGAAAGUCGUCCGUGGAUGAAACGUCAGAAACCCAGAGAAUUGAAGAAAAUGUUACUGAAAGCGAAGUGAAGGAGGAAGUAAGUACGGUACAGAAGAGUUUGAGCAAAGAAUCGGAUGAGAAAGAACAAACUGAUAGUGCGCUGAGGAAAUCGGUUGAAUUUUCGGAGACAUCGAAAGAAGAGGACAAGUCGGUGAUGGAUGCAUCGAGUGUUUCGAAAAGGAGGAUGUCUGUUGAACAGGAAGCUGUUCAAGGAACACAGGUGCAGGAGCAAAAGGAUGAGGAGGAUAAAAAGGAUAAACAUCCGGUGGAAGAUGCAUUGGCGACAGAAGGAGAAAGUUUUCGAUACAUCGACGAAAGCUCAUCAAGUUCUCCAAAAUCGGCGCAGGCGAGACGAUCCAGACCUUCGACAGGCAAGCUCAGAAAAGGUGGACGAUCAGUUUCUAAAUCCUCAUCGAAAAAGUGCUUAUUCGAAAGUUCCGAAGAACGUUCUCCUGAUAGAAGCGCUAUAGUUGCGGUGAUCGAGAGUCCAGAAUGGGACGAAGAGGACGAAGAAAUCGAGAAAGAGAUCAGAGACGCUAUUGGAGACGAUGGUGAACACGAAACGGAACCGGAAGAAGAUAAUGAAAUUGGUGUUGUGAGAGUUUUACCGAGUACUAGUGAAGAGGAAACUUCUCGAGGUGGUCCUGAAACUUGCAGAACUACGGCUGGAGACUCGUUGCCUCAGGUGCAAUCCGGUAGCCGUACUCGCCUCACACGAGUUCAAAGUCCGCCAGAAAGUAGAACAAAUCGACUGCAAGGAAAACAACGACGUGACAGCGGUGGCCGAGAUAGCGGAAUAGAACCCAGUCCCAGAGUAUCAAGAAUACCAAGAAGAAGAAUUAUGAAAUGUUGUCCAAACAGUGCGAAACAACAGGCACUUAACAUGGACACCAUUACGAGAGACGUACAAAUUAGCUUGCGACGAUAUCAUCUUGAAAGGAAAAUUUUCUUUCAGUUGAUGGAAUUGAAGAGACUGCAGAUACGCCAUGGAAGAGCGAAUGAACAGGUUUUGGUUAAGAGACAGGUAGAUGCAUUCCAUAAGGCUGGUAUGUCUGGGCCCACCCUCGGAGUAGCAAAAUAUGACCAACCCUUAACGUUUAGGCACUUCGAGGCCUUCUUAUACGACCAACUCAGAAAGCUUCAAAAAAGACCAGCUACACCAGACUUUUGUACGGAAGCAAAACAAUGUACUCAGAAGACUCAUCGCUGUCAUCAUGCUACAAGUGCUUACACCUCUUUUCCUGCGUAUACAUAUCUAGGUGGAGGCGGCCAAGAACAAGCGGAUCUUCUUCCGAAGAUAGAGAGCCGUGGAAAGGGACAGAUGACGGUGGAAGUAACGCACGGGGAAGAGAAGCAGAUAAUAGCUCUUCCAGCUGAAAAGCUAGAUCGUACAAAAAAAUAUUACGUGACAUUCACUGUCAGAGGAGAAGCUUCCUCCGAAGAAAAGUCGAAAUCGUCGCUUGGUAUCCAAAGAAAUGCCAAAAGUGUUUAAACUGUCUUCAAUUAUACAAUAGACUCUCGUUAUAUCGCCAUGUUUACAAUAUCCUAAUACACUGGUGACUCUCGCCACCAUAGAAUACAGAGAUAAAAAAACUUACAA